UGCAGAAGAUUGACUACAGCUUUACUUUCUGCUUCCUACUCACUCACUUCAUUGGUGUCAUUCAGUUGUGUUAGACAUCUAGCAUAAGGAAACACUCAAUUUGCCACUUUUCUGUGGAUAUUACAAAUCACUUUUUCUCCUCUUCCACAUGCUGAAAUUGUGUUUCUUCAUCUGUUUGAUAUACUGGGUGAAAUCAGAUGAGGAACAAAAAUGUCCCGAAUUUACAGAUCUUAACAUAGGCAAUGCUUUGUCUGGAACAGAACUCCAUGUUCAGCUACUUCUAUACACAAGGGAAAAUCAAGAUUGUUCUGAGAGACUCAUUGAACACAAUGUUACUACAUCAGAAUACCUGAAUACAACCAAGAAAAUUGUUUUUGUUAUCCAUGGCUUCAGGCCAACUGGAUCUCCUCCGGCAUGGCUGGGCGACAUGAAGAAGCUUUUACUGUCUUCAGAGGAUAUUAAUCUCAUUAUAGUUGAUUGGAAUCGUGGUGCUACCACUGUGAAUUACAUAACUGCUGUGGAAAACUGCAGAAAAGUUGCAGAAAUACUGAAGAAUUAUGUUGAUCAGAUGCUGGUGGGUGGAGCUUCUCUCGACUCUAUACAUAUGAUUGGAGUUAGUCUUGGUGCUCAUGUAGCUGGUUUUGUUGGCCAGAAGUAUAAUGGCAAACUUGGCAGAAUCACAGGUCUGGAUCCAGCAGGCCCUUCAUUCACUCGAGAACCACCAGAGCGCAGACUGGAUCCCACUGAUGCACAGUUUGUGGAUGUAAUCCAUUCAGAUAUUGAUGUACUAGGUUUCAAGAAGCCUUUAGGAACCAUUGAUUUCUAUCCAAAUGGAGGAAUGGAUCAGCCUGGUUGUCCAAAAACAUUUUUCAGUGGAUUUCAGUAUUUUAAAUGUGACCAUCAGAGAUCUGUCUUCCUUUUCUUAUCAUCUUUGAAAAACAAGUGCAAUAUAAUAACAUAUCCUUGUGACUCUUAUUUGGAUUACAAGAGAGGAAAAUGUGUUGAUUGUGAUGCUUUCCAGCCAAUGUCCUGCCCAGUAUUGGGUUAUCAUGCUGAUAGAUGGAAAAAACUGUUGAUACCAUAUAGCUCACCAACAGAAGCUUACUUUGAUACCUCAGACCAAGACCCAUUCUGCAUGUAUAACUACUUACUGGACAUUACUACCUGGAACAAAAGCAUUAGGAGAGGUUUCAUUAAAGUUAAAAUAAUAGACUAUGCUGGAAACACAGUAGAGUCACAGAUGAAUAGUGAAGCGUCAACAUUUCAGCAAUAUAAAAGAGUCAAAAUACUGAUUGGAUUUCACCGAGACAUUGAAAAAAUUUCAAAAAUUUCCUUGACCUUUUCUACAAAGACUUUAAUAGGCCCAAAACACAAACUUAGGAUUCUUCAGAUGAAGCUGAAAUCUCUCAAUAAUCCAAAAAGGCCACAGCUGUGCAGAUACGAUUUUGUACUGAUGGAGAAUACUGAAAUGACCUUCAAACCUAUCCCUUGCUCUGAGAGGGGUCCAUGAAAAGAGAGCUACUACUAACCUAAUUUCUCUCAGAGCAGUGACAUUUUGAUGCUUCCUCAGGAUAAAGACUGCAAUGAGAAGGAAAUGAGAUAAGCUAGAUUUAUUUUUCAAGAGUCUACCUGAUAAUAUGCGUUACUUGCUCUGAGUGCCUUAGGCUGAAAUUAAUUGAAAAGUUCAGACAUGUAUGUGCUUGGAAAAUUGAGUAAAGUAAAUGUAUCAUGGUGGAGAACAUGCAGUGGUCUGUUCAUUACUAUUUGUUAGCAAUGAAGCAACUACUGAAUUAAAUAUGAAUUAUCUGCAUGAUUCUGGCACAUUAUUUGUCAUACAUAAAUAUUUAAAUAUUUAUUAUUUGUAAUGGCUUUUACAUGGAAACAUAAUGAUCUGUCUACUAAGUGAAUUUAAUAUACUGUACAUGUGAUCUACAGAUUUAAUACACAACAGUUUUUCUGUGCUGUGUUUAUUAGAUAAAUGAAUCCACAUUUUCUCUUUAUACAAUGUCUCAGUAUGAGAAGUGGAACAAUAAUAUUUGUGAGCACAUUUGUAAAUUUCACAGUUUAAACCUGUUGUCUUUAUGCUCAUUGUACAUGAAUGCUAUUGCAGGCAUUCAGAUUUGUUUUUAAAAAUGCUAUGGACAGGGUAGUGUUGUUUCAGAUAUAA